CUCGUGAAGUUCGGCGCCUUCCUCCACUGCCUCCACGAGUACGUCGUCGAGGUGUCCAUGUGCUGCGGCCCGUCCAUGCUGCCGACCUUCAACGCCACGGGCGACAUCGUCCUCAUGGACCGCCUGUCGCCGCGACUCGGCCGCGUCGGCGUGGGAGACGUCGUGAUCUGCAAAUCGCCGACGCACCCGCACCAGACGGUCUGCAAGCGCGUCGCGGCGCUGGGCGGCGGCCGCGUGCCGAGCUUCCCGUCGGCGACGGUGCCCGAGGGCCACGCCUGGCUUUUGGGCGACAACGCGGAGAACUCGACGGACUCGCGCGUCUACGGGCCCGUGCCCACGGCCAUGAUCAAGGGCAGGGUCGUGUGCCGGAUCUUCCCC